AUGGGCGAUAUACUGUGGCAGACAGCGAUGAACGAACCGUCGACGUCCCAACCGCAGGGACCGCGGUUAACAGAAAAUGAUCAACUGUUCGACGAGUUGCUGGAAAACAUUGUGUACGUAGGUAACCUGCCGAAAAACAUCAUGCUGACCGACCUGAUCGAGCUGUUCAAGUACGCCGGCCGGAUCGAGCGCGUCGCCUGGUACGGUGAGCAUCGCACCGACAUCAACACGAAGGUUGCAUUCGUACGCUUCCGGCACUCGCGGCACGCGAAGGAAGCGGCCAAAUGGGACCGGAUACGUUAUCACGAUUCGAUCCUGAUCGUGAUGCAGAUAUUCAAGGAUCAGUGGUUCGAUAUGAGCGUAUCGAUAAUGGUGCGAAACAUACGUGAUGACACAACCGACUGGCAGCUGUAUGAAGCGUUUCGAAGAUUUGGCAAAAUAUACGGCAUACUCAUACCGACGCACGGUACUGCGUACGUGGGCUUCUACUACGAGGCAGAAACACAAUGCGCCCUGGAGAUGAACAACAACAUGUUCAACGGCAACAGAAUGCGGGUGGAAAUGUUACGGCGAAAUCUGCCCCUGCAACAGAUCGACAUAUUCGACAUGUCCCGGAACGAGGUGCGACUGCUGCGUGACAUGUUGCUCGAGGUGGACGAAAAGCUGGAACAGUUCUACUCGGCUUACGAUGAAGCGUUCAACUACUCCUCGAAAGAUUACCGCCGGUGGAAGCGAAAACGGCGUCGCGUAACUCCGCUGCUGAGCGAUUCCAGCUCAUCGUCGGAAAGCAGCUCGUCCAGCGUGUCGGAACUGUCGAACCGGAGUGCGAACGAGGUGCGGCGUAUACUGUGCGGCUCGAACGAAGAGAACCGCUGCCUCGGCAUCUUCGGCAUGAACCCGGACACGACAGAAAAAACGCUGAUGAAGCUGUUCUCCCGGUACGGGCACGUCAAAGAUAUCAAGCUGAUAUACGACGGCAAAACGAAUGUAUCCCGCGGGUACUCGUUCAUCUAUUUUAAGCACGCCAGCGAUGCACGUCGAGCGCAGCGGAAACUCAACGGUACGAUGCUCGAAGGGCGUAAGGUGCGGGUCGAUUUCAGUCGCAGCAAACCGCAUGAACCGCGGGCCGAUCGACGCAAACGGGUGUCACCGACUGCUACUGCUGCGACGGCCGCUUCGACCAGUGCCGAUCGUUGCUGUCAUCGCCGGCACGGCACCACUCAUCACAAGAAGCGCAAAAAGCGACGCGUAUGCUACUCCUCGUCGGAUUCGGAGUAG